CGCGACGUCAACAUCCGUGCGUCUUGACGUCAUCCAGAAGCGCCGGAUACUCGGGGUGAGCAGAUCUGGUAGGUCGAGCAGAUCUGUUAGUACAACGACUCCAGCAGUCCACCAGGAAACGCCGUGGGACAGCAGUACGACCAGCUAGUCGGUGAACAUGGGACUCAAGUUUGGAAACUUGACCAGGGUCAGACACACAAUCACAUACAGUCUGUCCCCCUUUGAGCAGAGGGCUUUCCCCAACUACUUCAGCAAGGGAAUCCCUAAUGUAUGGAGGAGAUUCAAGUCCUCUGUCUUCAAAGUUGCCCCCCCAAUGGUGGUCCUGUACAUGACAUACACCUGGUGCAACAGCGUGCAUCGGGAGAGCAAGAGGAAGAACCCUGCUGACUAUGCGAAUGAAGAAUAAACUCGUCCCACCUCUCAAAUGUAUUGAUUCACACCCUGUAUGUCAAACCAAUAAAGAUGAAAAAUAUUUAAGUGAAA